GUACAAAAUGGCUUUGGGACUCCAGGCUGAGAUCUGGACCGAAGAGAUCAUUUGCCCGGUUUGUCUGGAUUUCUUCACUGAUCCUGUUAGCCUGGGCUGUGGCCACAACUUCUGUCGCUCCUGUGUCACCCGGAGCUGUGAAAAGCAGGAGAUCAACUGCUGUGCUGUUUGUCAGGAGACAUUUCCAGAAACGAACCUCAGAGCCAGUUGGGCCUUGGCGAGUCUAGCAGAGAAAGCGCGAAAAUUGAGCCUGAACCCAACACAGACGGAAAGUAAACUUCACUGUGACAAACACCGGGAGGAACUAAAGCUGUUCUGUGAAUCUGACAAGAAACUGCUGUGUGUAGUGUGCAGUCAUGGGCAGGAACACAGAGGCCACAGCUUCCUACCCAUUGAGGAAGCUGCUGACAUCUUUAAGGAUAAAUUGAAAUCCUCCUUAGCUUCUCUCACACAGAGAAAGGAAACAGCUAUAGAAGCAGAAGCCAAACAGAAAGAAAAGAUUUCUCAACUGAAGGAACAGGUGAACAGUCUGCAGACCCACGUCACGGGUGAGUUUGCUAAAAUGCACCAGAGUCUGACUGACAGAGAGCAGCGAGUGAUGGGGGAUCUCAGACAGCGAGAGGAGGAGAUUUUAAAGCGAAUGGAGGCAAAUCUGCGAGAGAUUCAGUGCAAAUUAAAUUCUGUUGAACAACAACUCUCCGAGUUACAGACACAGAUGGGAAAAGACGCUCCCACCUUCCUGCAGGAGGAAGCUGCUGGCAACAGAAGGGUCAGUGACGAGGGAUUUGAUCUGUCAGUGUGUGAGGCUGAGCUGCCUGUGGCCAAGUACAAAUGGCCUUUGAAGAACACAGUCUGGAGACAGAUUAUAGACAACAUCAGCCCAAGUAAGUAUAUCCCAUUCUCACCCUGAACCCGUGUCAAUAGACUUGUAUUCACCUGGUUCCCAACACAUACCCUCCACACACUCCCUCACACAUAAACAUACCGACUCCUUACUCACAUAUGCACAU